GGUGUAAAACGUCACUUCAAAAUGGCGGCCAUUUAGAACUUGGUGGUGAAGUAGCCCGCCAAGUUUGUUUCAAUCUAUUGGUCUAACACUACGAGAGUGAUCGACGAGUGAUAGGUGGUGCAUGAUAGGUGUAUAGGACACGGGGAUCAGCGAGAAUGGACACCAACAUUCGCACAUUGCUGUCAGCAGCGCAGAAGUAUGGAGCUAAAGAUGGCCAGGUGUACUUGGAUCAGGCGUUUGAAGUCCUGAAGGGUGCAGGUGACCAGGUGCCAGCUGUUGACUCUGCAGCCGCUUUUGGACUGGACCUGUAUGUCAUCUGUGCUGAACUUGGAUUUCAGUAUGGCCACCUGGACAUCACCAAUGAGUGUCUGCGGCUCUACUUCCUGCGGACCCCCCCACCCAACCAGUUCCUGUGUCGAGCCUACCUCUGCCAGGCUCAGAUGUUAGCCCCCACCAGCGCUGACAACCCUGAACAACUGGAGAAAGCUGUGGUAUACCUGUUGAAAGCCAUCAGUUUUGCAAAGGAGACACCAAGGUACCACUUCUUGGUGUACAAUGCCUCGGUGCUGUACUGGCAGAUGUGUCGCCCCUUCCUCAAACCUAACCACCGCCAGCAUCUGGCCAAGUCUCUGCACCAGGUGGUCAGGGCCCUGGACGAAAUAGACGACAAGGACUACGAAUGGAGAGCUCAGCUUAUGAUCGCCCUGAUUGAGUGCCUGAUGGAUUCCAACAAGCCCAAAGAUGCAGAGAACAUCAGCAACCUGGCAGCAACCUUCACGCGCCAAAAUGUUCCCUCUCUCUUCAAGGACGUCUUUAGGCUACAGAUUAAGCACAAGCUGGGUGAGCCAGGAAAAGCCCUACGGGACUUGCUGAAAGUCACUGCAUCAGGGGACCUGGCUGUGUACUACAAGAUCUGCAAACUUAAAACUGGGCUUGAGUCGGGAGAGCCCCACCCUAACCUGCACCGGGAACUCUUCAAGAUCCUACGUCAGAUUCUGCAGCAGGAAGACGACAUGCAGUCCCACGCCUCCUCCUACAGCGGGGGGAGGAAGAGCCAGACCCUGAGUGACAAGGAGAGGGAGAAGGAAAUCUCAGCAAACCCUCCGUCUAUCGAAGAAAGAGAUUCCCGGGAUGUCUCUAAUGGGCAACGUCUGGCUAGGAGAUUGUCUGUACGCAGAAUGUCGCUUUCCAACACUUCAGACAGAAGCAGCGAUCGUUCCGCUGUCAGUCGAAGUCGCUCGCCCAGCCUCCCGUCUAAAGCGGAAACUUUUAUUUGCGUUGCAGAGAAGCCACCCUUGUUGUUGGAGCUGGGACGACUGUGUCUAGAUCACAGCUUCCCUGACCUGGCAACACAGUGUGUGGAUGGGAUCAUGGCCUGUCCUGUCAAGGAUGAAGCCACCAUGUUACAGACAGAGUUCAUGAACUGUGACCUGAUGGUGAAAAACCUGAAAAACAAGAUGGAGUCCUACACCAAGUCUGCUGUGGAGGUCCGAGUGUUGGCCAUCAAGCGACUGAUGCAAGCCUUGCAGAAUGCUGUCCGCUAUGGCGACCCCAACGUGCUCCAGGCGGGCUGCGUGACCCAGUGGAACAUGUGCCUGCCCCUGCUGCAGCUCAACCUGCGCCAGCAUGUCAGGAAACCCCUCACCAUGGUGGCUGAGGCGCUGGAAGACAUCGACAGCCUGCUGAUCCUGCUGCGGUGCCAGGUGCACACUGAGCUGGCCAAGUGUGAGGAGGACCAGGAACAGAUAGAGGUGGCCAUGGACCAUCUCAGGAAGGCUAUCCUGCUGGAUGACAGUGGACAGUACAGGGAGAGGCUGGAGACCAUGUUACACCGCUUACAGCUCAGGAUACAGCUGUACAAAACACCCGAGAGACAGGAGGACCAGGCUGCCAUGAUCAUUGAGCAGGCCCGCAAGAGCAGUGAGUCUGGCACAGUGCGCAUGAAGAGGUCCCUGCUGGUGCGGGCAGGGCAGGCCCUGGCCCCAGAUGCCUUCCUGCUUGUACUGGAUAGUGAGUCGGAGACGAAAGGCAUGGCCCCUGGUGCUAAGUCAGCAAUACCAGGUCAAACUGCUGGAGGUGGGAAGGGAGUGGAGACUGUGAUCACCCAGCUGGCUGCCAAGGCCAGGCAGUUUGAGAAGAGUGUGAAGAAAGCUGCAGGCCACCUGAAGAGACUGGGAGAUGAGAAUGACAGGGAAAGGGCCCAGCUCUGGGCAGACCUGGCCAAGACAGCGCGUAAGCAGGAGGUGUGGGACGUGUGUCGUGUGGCCUGCCGAUUCUGCCUGCUGUACGAUGAUGGCAGAUGGAAGCCAUCUCCAGGAGAGGUCACCAUAAAUGAAAGUCCCAGCAAAGAGGAAAAGAAAGGACCAGAUGAUGCACCAGAAGGACCGGUUGUUGUGGAAAGCACCACUGUACUGUAUGACAGGGAUCUGGUGAGGAUGCUAGCAGAGGUGCACUUCAUCAACUCAGAGGCAAUGGUACAUCUGCUUCGUUCGGAGGGAGUCCAGCUGAAUAACCAGCCUAUCCCACCUGUGGACAAGAGUAAGCACCCCAAGGGUUAUGUACCCAAGAAACCAGAGGAGGAUCCUGAUUGGCUCUACUACUGUGAUUGGAUCAAGUCCCUGUCUGCUGCGGCCACAUCUGGCUUCCUGCGUGCUGCAGAGCUGGGGGUAGAGCUGCAGGAGUCCUGGGUAGUGUGCAGCAGCGCCGCCUACCUGUGGAACUACAACAAUCAUCUCCUGACAGAGAACAGGCACCGGGAGCUGGUGGAGCCCUUCGCUUCUGUUGUGGAGGCCCUCAAGAAGGUUGGACAUGCAGGGGAAGCUGUCCUGCUGACCCAAGUUUGUAACGCACUGGCAUACGGGCUGAUCCAGCCCUGGAUCCCCCCACCCCCACCCAAGGAGCCUACCCCCCCUACCAGGCUGACGACAGACAAGGCCAGCUCCCCGUCAAAGAAGGCCUCCCAGAAAAGUGCCAAGACACCAGCAAAGACUCCCAGCAAGGCUGUUGCUGUGGAUCAGGAAGGCAUGACAGAUAUCAAGAAAGCUUUGGAGGUUUGUGACUUUGCACUUGAUGUGACCAGUGGGAGUAUUGCAGAUGACGUGGUUCCCAUCAGCAUCAGGCACAUGCUCAUCAUCACCUGGGUGCGGGUGAAACAGAUGAUGUCACAGCAGAUUAAGAACCUGGGAGUAGAGGACGAGGGUAAUGAUGGUCAGCGACCUAUGACCCGAUGCCUGGUUGCCCUGGAGAUGACAUCCCUCAAUGGCAAUGGUCUGAUGGACUUCAACGUCAUCAAACUGGAUGAGCUGUCCGGUAUGGUUGACGAGUGUGUGUGGACAGAAGGGUUGGUGGAGCUCCAGGUCUGGACACGUCUGGCGGAGCAUGCUCACGGCGUACACAACCACCAGCUGGUCAUGAAGUGCGCCGGGAAGGCGCUGGAGUUCGACGGGAAGAGGAAGAUGGAGAAGAAGCUGGGCAGUCACGGGACCAUGGUGGAGUCGGAGAUGCUGAGUUACUCCAGUGACAUCCUGGGUAUGAGCCUGGUGGAGAACAUGGCCGGUAACAACGCCAUCCGCAGGUCUGCUCUGGAGGCCUUCCUCAAUGCAGCCAGAUAUGCUGGCAAGGCUGGCAACUACACCCUGGUGAUCAUCGCCGCCCGUCACUACUGGAACACCUCGCUGAAGCUGAUCCCGUCCCCCAUGGAGAGGGAGCUGCUGCGGGACCCUCUCCUGGUCAUCCUCAAGGCUCUGGCUGACACCUACAGGGAGAAGGCCAAACCGGAUAAGGAAGAGAAAGUAGAAGAGAAAGAACCGGACGAAAGUAAAACCGCUCCAGCCCCGACCCCCGUGUCCACCACGCCGUCCUUUGGAGACCCCUCGGAGGACCUGACCCUGAGGGCGUCCAUGUACGGGGUUGUUUUCCAGUCUUACGCAGAUCGUGGCCAAUGGGAGGAGGGGCUAAAGGUCAUGGAUGAAGCAGUCCGAGUCAUGCCAAGAACCAAACACAGACUGCUCAUUUUCCAACACCGUGUCCUGACCAAAGCCAAGCUGGGCAAAAAUGUCCAGAUGGACAUACAGAAGUUUAAAGAUGAGAGCGAAGCCUAUGUGGCUCUCAUGUGGCAUCGAGUGGCUAAGAACUCCAAAGAGCCCAUGGAACAGUUGGCAGCAUAUCAACAAGCCAUUGUGGCACUGCAGACCCCAUCCAGUGAGUGGCAGAAGAUUGACUACCUGAUAGAGUUUGCAGAGUGGCUCUUUACUAAUGGGUUCCCCAAACAAGAUGCUCAGGACAUGCUGGACUGGGCUGCGGACAUUCUGCUCAACAUGCAGUUUGGACCACAGUUCAAACCAGAGGAGACAGGUACUACAGGAAGAAGCUCUGCCAAACGGCGAGGAAAGGGCAAAGGUAAACAGUCCCCCCCUGCUACGGCAAAGCCCAAACCUCCGCCCCAACCACAACCUCCCGCCAAGAAGAAGGAAGAAGACGAAGAGGAUGGGCCCGAUCGCUACAUUCCCGUCAGCCGUCCCUCCCAGAUAGGCGUGGAGGUCACCAACUCCUCGCUGCUGUUCGCCGAUCUGUGGCAGACACGACAGCUGGAGGCGCUGCUGCGGAUCCAUGUCAUGCUGGCAAAGGUUGCUGGGAAGACAUCCCCCAACUUCAAAGACUUUGCUGUGAUGGCCUACAGAUACUGCAUGAGGAUCUGGGAGGCAUCUUUGCAAUCUGUUCCACAUGUGAUCAAAGAGAUGGCCAGGCUAGCCACAACAUCUCAGUCAGAACGCCCUGCGUCACGGGGCAAGGGGGACAAGAAGGAGACACCUGCCAAAACAGACAAGCCCAAAAAGAAGGGACCAGUGGAGGCCAUUCCAGCCACACUGGAGGACUGGGCAUCAUACGACGUUCCAGAGGAGGUGAGAGAGGCCUUCAAACAUGACAACACUGGUGCAGGUGUAAACAAGACCACCAUCACCAAACCCACUCUCACCCUGCACUACAUGGAGACAUUAGCUGACCAGCUCCGAGAACUAGGCUACAACCACCUGGCCCUGCCCAUCCUCACUCUUGCUGAGGUUAUUGGUGCUGAUGUGCUGGGCAGUAAAGCCAUGUCUUCUCUGUGGCACACCAGGCUGCUGGAGACCUGUCUGGAGAUGAACCUGUUACCGGCGGCAGGGUUCCACGAGCAGCAGGCGGGGCCGGCCAUCGCGGAGGAGGACCAGGCCGUGUCCCGCGAGGAGAUUGCCAAGUGGCACGAGCAGCAGGAGCAGGUCCGCCGCGAGGAGCUGCGGCUGCAGCAAUCCCAGGAGGCACUGGGCAAGUUCGUGCCUAAAACAACCACCAGUAAGGAGGACUCCCAGGAGACUGCCCCGCCAUGGACAGUGAGUGGGGUGAGCCUACGUGAGGUGUGGACAGACAAGGCAGAAGUCUUACUGAGACUAGGCUACUACCAGGGGGCCAGGACCCUGCUGGGAGAGGCACAUAAAGCAGCAAAGACAUUUGGUGACCAGUGCACGGAGGUGAGGACUCUGAAGAACCUGGCACGGCUGUCCAUCCUGGAGGCUAACCUGGGGCAGGCUGUCACAUUACUGCAGGAGGCCCAGGCUCUGGGAGGGGACGAGGAGUUCUGGUUCCAGACUGUACUGGACAUGGCAGACGCUGUGAUGAGGGAAGUGGACUCAGACACUAAAGCCAAGAAGGCGAAGAGCAUCCUCCUGCAUGCCAUCACAGUGUACAAGGAAGUGCUGGAGAGCCGCUCUACGAAGGCUGACCAGUUUGGCUACUUUGUUGCCAGUUUUGAGGCAAAACUGGCCACCAUACAGCUUGAAGAGGCCCUGGACACAGACACCAAUGCCAUGCAGGACGAACCUGUGGACAUGAAGGAAGUGCUGCGACUUUUCCAGGGCUGUGCAGAGCGGCUGCUGACUGCAGGGUAUCCACGCAGGGCUGCAGAGGUCAUGCAGCAGCAUGCAGGUGCGCUGCGUCAGCUGGCCCGUGCUGCCACCAUUCCUGAACAGCUGCACAGCUGUCUGCUGGAGGGUCGCAGGAUCCUGGGACACGCUGUCAGUCUGAUGGAGGAGCUGCUGCAAGAUGUACAGACUCUCGCACCCUUACAUGAGACCCAGAACAUGAGCCUGCCCCUACAGCGUGAGGUGGCAGGGCUGAAGGUGAAGUAUGCAGAGCUACUGGGGGAGAUAUUUGAGGCUGUUGCCAGAGAAGACAGGAACAGGACCAUUAUUGAGGCCAGGAAAGGGUCCUUACAAAGGAUGGUGGAAGACUACAUCAGGUCCACUCCAGAUCCCCAUGGAGUAGAGAAAGAGUGGGGCGCGGUGAUAGCCACCCUUCCACAGUCUGCCAUAGUACAGCUCACUGCAGCACACAGUCUGGCCAGGGGAUAUACACCUCUCAGGGCUAAGAGCCUGUACCUGACAGGGCGUGUGCUGAGCGUGCUGUCUGCCCACCUGAACCCUGACCACCCCUCCCAGCAGUGGGAGCUGCAGUACCUGGACCUGAAUGCUGUCCUACCUGACAGCACAGGCAGGAUUCCUGAGGAAGAACAGGGUGAGGGUGAGGUUGGGACAGAGCCACCCAUGUCAGACAGACAACAGGCCAAGUACACACAGCAGGCACGGCAGCUGAAGGCCGGCUGGCAGCAACACCAGUCUGUCCUGGCACAGGCCAGCGAGGUGCUGGUCCAGUGUCUCAAACUCUCCCUGCAGCACAAAUACACUGACAUUGCUGGAGCAGCAGCGCUGGAGCUGCUGGAGUGUCUGGGACAGUACGACCCAGCGUCUGCCUCACAGUACCUCGCACUCUUCCAGAGCUGCCACAUGUCCCAGACCAUGUCAGAAGUGUUGCAGAAGGCCCAGCUGGAUCCCAGCAUGUCCCGUCAGGCAGCGCUCAUGCACCAGCGAGCAUACCUCCUGUCCAGAGAUGUGUCCACUAACCUGGCCCAGGGUACAGUCAUGAAGAACAUCGUCAGCACACUCAGCUCUAAGUCUCAGGCCUGGAAGAGACUGAGUGUAGACCUGGCCCAUCUGGACCUACUGAAGGAACUCCCACCCAACUUCACCAUCUUUGUACUGCAGCACUCACCUGACAAGUGCUUCCUGUAUGGUUCUGUGUUAGACAAGCCUCCACAGGGUAAGACUGGAACUGCUGGGGACAAGAAGGGGGCAAAACAAUCACAGACUUCAGUGAUGUCCAGAGCGAAGGUUGCUCGUCAGGCCGUGCACCCUGAGACGGUGGACGAGCUGCUGGGGCGGUGGCAGGAGUUCCGCAGCGAUGUGACCCAGCUGCUGCUGCGGCAGGAGGGCCAGCGCACGCAGUACGUGCAGAGGAUGAAGAUGCUGCAGAACAUCGACUCCGACAUGAGGGUCGUCGGGAAGGGUUCUGGAGAUGACAGUUUGGAAGAGUGGAAGCUGCAGGAGCGGUUCUUAGAGCUGGUGGGACAGAUGGAGGACUACCUCAAGCCUAUCAUCUCACAGUUUGAUGCUAUCUUCAGGCCCUCCACCACUGCCACGGUGGCUUCCGGCUCCAGCAGUCAGGCCCAGGAUGACUACAUCCUGCUCCUGGCAGACCAAUGGUUGAUGCAGCUCCCCCUAGAGGCCUUGAGCAUACUGCAGAAUACAGGAAUCAGCUCCCUGUCCAGAGACUUCUCCCUGCAGAUGUUGUACCACAGGAUUCACAGGGAAGCAGAAGAUGAAGAUGCACGCAAGGACCCAGGAAAGGCCCCCAAGUCUCCACCUAAGAGCCAAAAGGGGGACAAGAAGCCUCCCAAGACUGCUCCCAUCGACAGGUUCAUCCCACCUGGCUGCCUGCCACUGGACACCUCCAUGGUCAAAUGUAUCCUUUUCAGUCAUGAUGUAUAUCCACAAGUGUACCACAAUAUUGUUGAUCCGUAUGAAGAGUGCUCUGAAACAGAGGAGCACCGGCCUAUCCUGACCUUCUCUGACAUGAUGAAGACUUACCCACAGUUGACUGGGCGCUGGGAGGGCAUCAUGGGAGAUGACCACAUACCGAGCCUUGGUGAGUGGGAGAACCUGAUGACAGAGGGUUCAGGGUUUGUGUUCUAUGGGAUGGAGAGGCUGGCCUGUUACCCUUCAUCCAUCAAGCUGGCUACCAUGAACCUGCAAGGCUGCAUGAUAAUGAUGCUGCUGGAUCACACACAGACCAACAAGAGCUUCCGAAGACAGUCCAAAGCUGAUGUGCACAAGAAUGCUACCCUGUUGUCCCUGGAGAAACACCUGGAAACAGCCAUGCUGCUGAGUCUGUCAGGGGUGGGCUGUGUCCUCACCAACCAGUGGCACUGCACGCUGGAGGAAAACGCACAGAAACUCAACAAGGUCAUGAAAGACCUGUUGGGAAUAGGAAAGUCCAGUGGACAGGCUGUGAGAGGUCUGUUUAUUCCUCAUCUCAUCAAGGAGGAGAGAGAGGGGGAGGGGGAAGGGGCUGAGGAAAACAAGGCAUUAGAUGCAGCCAUGGGAAAGUCAGCAGGAGAAUCACAGGCUGCCUCAGACGUCCCCCCCACCAGGGAAACCCUUCCACCUGCUACAGCUGAUACAGGUCAUGAGGAGAUCCCCAGCACCAGUCGGCAGUGGUUCAGCAUGGUGGUGUACGGUCUCCCCAACCUCAUCCUCACCUAACUCCUGCCUGGCAUUAUCAACAAGGAAAUAAUA